AUGGCUGCUGUGGGGCGAGGUGGGGUAGUUGGUUGGACAAUACUGAUGCUGUUGGCCCUUGCAGCUGGGGCACUGCCAGAUCAGCAAAGUUUAACAUGGCUCAAGGACCUGCAUAGAUCGCAGCUGGUAUCGCCGAUGAUGCGCCGCGACGAGUCGCGUGCCUUUUUCAAUAGUUCGCACGACUAUUACACCAUGGCCCUUCAAAGCAAUGCUGAUGCCAAUGACUAUUGGCAGCAGCGCGAUGAUUCGUGGCACGCCAUUCGCCUCGAGCGCCUCAUGUACCUUGAUGUGGAUCUUCCUUUUGCUUUUCCUUUUUAUGGAGUCAAGACCCAUAGCGUGGCCAUCACGAGCCUUGGCAUGAUCUCUAUCGUGGAUGGUGACUUGCCCCCCGUUGUCUCGGCCUAUUUUGCUGGACCUCUGCAUGCCGAUUUCGCCCCCAGCAACACCACGACGGGCCCAAACGUGUAUUAUCGUUUGCACCGCGACUACUUGGCGGUUCAAUGGGUGAAUAUGGAGGUUCGAAAUGGCACCACUUUUCUCGCCGGCCAGGUCUUUGAAUUUCAAGCCAUUCUUGAGCGAACGGGCUACAUGCAGUUUUACUACAAAUCAAUUCCCGUCAAUGUCAAUCAGCUGCAAACUUCGAUGCAUUCGAGCGGCAACGUACCCGUUGAGGCUGGCCUACAAGAUUCGUACAAGCGUGUCUAUAGCAUCAACGGCGAACGAGUGGAAGUCCACUAUGAAUAUCACUCGGUUGUCAUUCCCAAAGCUCAGAUCACUUCAGGCACUCUGGUGCUGCUCAACGCUUUACCUAGCCUAGUGGAAUAUCAGUUCUCGUGGCCAGGCAGUGAUUUUGGCCCCGAUUGUGUGCUCUCCCUGGCGAUUCGACUCGAUGUCGAUGUGGAGGAAAUCCAAGAUCUAACAUUUGACGCUGCGGUGCACGAGGUAACCUUCAACAUCAACGUCACCCGGCCUCAGGUGGACGCUUUCGAGGCAAUCCUGCUCCUGAAUUCCAACCUCACCUGCGACGAUGCAGCCGGCGCCCGCAUGUCCUAUCGCAUCAAUUCGGUUGAAACCACAAUAUUGGAAUCAGCUACAACCAGUUCAAGCAGUCCCUGGUCGACGCUCAACGUUGUUCUGCUCAGUUGCGGCGUGGUCUUGGCCGUCAUCAUGCUGGCUCUUUUAUUUGUCGUCAUGCAUGCUUACCGCAACCCAACAUCACCGCUGGGUCAAUUUGUCAUCAGUCAUCGCCGCUGCGCGGCAUGCUGUGGAUCCAGGGAAAACGAAGAACCCGCCGCUCUUCGGCAUGAGGAUCGAGAGGCUUUGCAGCCUGAAUUGGACGAAGUGGAUGAGCAAGAAGUUUGA